GACGCGUGCCUCUGGGCCAUCGCAGCUUGCUCAUUCUGGGGUCUCAUGCGAUUCGGGGAGUCGACCGUCAAGUCGCGGAGCGCGUUCGACCCGAACAAACACCUCACGCGCGCGCGCGCGCAUUUCAAAACGGACGCGCUAGGCGCUGAAUACCUGCGCCUUGACCUGCCGAGCGCGAAGACGGCCAAGCCCGGCGAAGUCCAGCACGUUUUCCUCGUACCUCAGUCGUCCCUCUGUCCACUGGCGGCAGUACGCAACUUGAUGACUGUCAUGCCCGCCCUGGACGACGAUCCCUUGUUCUGCUGGCGCGAUCUCAAGACCGGCGCGAUACGGCCCAUGACACGGAGCGCCGCACUGCGGUCCAUCAAUGAGAGGCUUGCAACAAGCAGUUCGGGCCGCGCGUUUGGACAUUCGUUCCGCAUCGGCGGCGCGUCUCACUAUCUCGCCAAGGGCACGCCACCGGAUGUGGUGCAGAUGAUGGGCUGUUGGCGAUCGCUGGCCUAUCAGGUCUACGUGCGCUCCUUC